AUCGAAGAAACUUUUAUUUUUCAUGUGGAACGUGGGAAAAAGGAGCGCCUAGUGUUGAAAAAGUCAACCCAAGGAACAGUGCUGAAAAACGUAUGGUGGGAGUUCUUAUAGCGACGCCACAAUAGGAAAUUGGAAAAUAAAUCAAAACAAACGAAAAUGAAUCAUCUAAAGUGGAUGGGCCACUCGUCCACGAUAAUGGACAUCCAGCGCUCGCUGCGGAACGACUCCCAGACCUGUGAAGUGGUGCUGGCCUCCAGGGAUGGUGUUCGGGUGCGCGCCCAUCUCUUCGUGCUGAGUACUUGCAGCGAUCUGAUGCGGAAUAUUUUAGUGGAUGUGCCUCCGGGGCAGGAAGCUACCAUCAUGCUUCCCGAUAUACGGGGCGAACUUCUCGAGAGCAUGCUCUCCUUCAUAUACAUGGGAGAGACCAGCCUGCCCUCCGCGUCGCUCUCGGAGUUUCUGGAGGCCAUCAAUCUGCUGGGGAUCAAGUCUGCCAUUAGUUUCGAGUGCAAUCCCUCGAUUUCAAAUCCCUCCGCGGACGUCAGCUCGUCUAAUACGAUGGCUGUGGAGACUAAGUCCAUAACUGGUCUGCAGAUAGCCCAGGCAGACCUUAUAGAGGACGAGGAGGAGGUCCCACCACCCAGUUCCGUUGCAGCCACUGUCAUAGCUGACCCGCCCACUCACUCUGCGCGUUCGUUGGAAUACUUGGACGUAUACGAGACCCCCAAGAUCACCUACUCCAUCGAGCACAUGGAUGGAAAUACAAGUGGCAGUCAAUAUAUUCUUACGGAAAACACGGGAACCUUUACAAUUACACAGAGCGCUUCUACCCUGGCCAAGCUAACGGACGCAACGGAAACAUCGGCCAGUGUCGCCGAUGGGGAGAUGGCGGAUGAAGAUGUUGACGCAGAAGCGGACGCGGAUCCGGAUGCGGACGUAGACCUCGCUGAAGACUCCGAGGAGCCCGACACUCAAAUUCUGGAAGAGGAGUAUGUGGCAGCCAACCCGACAUUCGAAAUAGGCAACGAAGGCGACAUGGACGACGAUGAUAUGCCCGAGGAUAUGGACGAGGAAAUUCUGGAUGUGAAGCCGCGAAAGUUUGGCGGGGGAAAGUCACGCGGCCGCCGACCCAUGGGUGCCAGGACAUCAAAGCGAUCUUUUGGUAAACACCACCAGCAGCAGGAGUUUGUGAAUCUGAAGCGGGAUAUCAAGGAUGAUAUUAACGAUGCCCUGGAUAUGGCAGCAGAUGCAGUGAUCCUCGAGGGACUGAGCUUGCAGAAGGCAGCCGAUCGAUUCGACAUUUCGAAAACGGUGCUGUGGCGUCGGGUGCGCACCAAUCCAGCCUAUAUGCGAAACAAUCGGGAGAGGCCAUCCCUAUCCGAAGCAUAUGAGCGCCUUAAGAACGGAGACUCUCUGAAGAGCAUCAGCCAGGACCUGCGCAUCCCCAUGUCCACGCUGCAUCGGCACAAGGUACGCCUUUCGGCUGAAGGCCGUCUGCCUGAUUUCGUGGCCUGUCGUCGGAGGGACACCACGCCCAAGGAUGAGCUACGCGACAAAUUGGCCAAGGCAGUGCACGCCUGCCUGAACGAGGGCAUGUCCCAGAACCAUGCAGCGAAUCUCUUCGAAAUCCCAAAGAGCACUCUUUGGCGGCACCUUCAGCGUCACGUCCCGGACGAUGAUCGGAAGGUAAAGAAGGAGCAGCAGGACGAGUACGAGGACGAUCUGUUAAACUAAAUUUUGUAGACGCAAUCUUUAGUUUUCUAAAAUUGUAUUUAUAAGUAGUGCGUAAUUUGUCCCAUCAAAUACAUAUAUUAGACAGUUAAAUGUUUAUAAUCUAAAAUAAACCAAACCUAUCAUAUACGUUA